AUGAGCCAGCGGUCGCCACCUCGCCAAAAGCCAAAGAAAAACCCUGAUGUUUCAAAACCAGUGCAGACCCCAAUUCCUGUUGGGAAGCCGUCGAUGCCAACGAAAUCAUCAAACGCGCUGCCGUACUCGAUUGCCGGGACUGUUAUCACAGUCUUAAUAGCUGCCUCCUUACAGUAUGCCUACCAAAAAUAUUAUUUAAACCCUAAAACGGAAAGGACAUUGUUGCCAAACCUGGCGCAGAAGUACGAGGAAAAUUGGCGACCUCUGGAGCCUGAUGACAUCUUCUCGCUGCGUACGGCUAGGCCAGAUUCUUACAAAUUUGGUGUCGGUUGGUAUGAUAACGUGGAAAAGAAGGUGUUCACGACGGUAAAUGACGUCGGAUCUGCCACCUGGACAAUGUCGGAUGGGCGAACUUUUGGAGUGGAGAAAGUAACGAAUGGAAAUGUGACUGUCGAAUUCCAGUGGGUCAAUACCCAGCGAACGUGGACGACUAGGAUAAAUUUCAAAAAUGCUGAUGUGGUUGACAGACAACGAUACGCGAUAUUUGUAUACUUUAAGGAUGAUGGCAAAACUACGAUUGGGGCUACGUCUGAAAAGUUGUUAAACGGAAAUUCGGAACAAUAUGGAAACUUUACACUAUCAGCUGACCUUUGGGGCGAUGAGGGAAACUUCACUGUAGCAACGAUCCAUGAUGCUAAUCCUGCAUCACUUGGAGCCAUCUUUGCUUCAGAAUUUAGUCCCAAACACAACGCGCAUAAUCCGGUAAAAGUCUUUACCUUCAAUGUCACGGACGACAUUUACUGGGAAUUUGCCUUCUCUACUUCGAGGGAAAAGCCGUAUACAGGAGAGGGAUUUUAUCUCGAGUUGAAUACACGAAUUGCGGACUUCAAGAAAAACUUUGAGGACAAAUUUAAAUUUUCGGGAAAAACACUUCCGGAAUUUUAUGUGGAACUCUCGCGAGCAGCCGUUUCCAAUCUAUUAGCGUCGGAUCGAUACUUUGACGGAUCGCUGAAAGUGGCUGGGACUUAUAAUACCGAGUUGAUUGAACCCUGGCUGAAUUUAAUAAACGAGCAAUCAGCGAUGAUCUCCGAAGUCUCGAAUAAUCAAAUUGUUUUGGAAGCUCUUACCGGUCCUCAAAUUUUCUACGCACUGGAUCAACUACUGACUGAUGAGACAAUCCAUAGCCAAAAGGCGUUCUUCAAGCGCUAUUACCCAAGAUUAGAAGCUCAUGCAAAGAACUUGCUACAGCGACUGGACCCUAAUGGAGCCGGACGAUAUUCCUGGCCAUUGCAGGCGAAGUCUUCCCUUUUUGAGGCAACCAAGAAGCACAAGGGAUUUCAUGUCGACGCUCAAAUCUGGGCUUACUAUCUAGCUAAAUCGAUGAGUAAGCUUUCCGCGCAUUUUGCAGCUACAGAGGAAUCUGGUUACUGGAAGAAUGCACAAUUGGUGGCAACAGAAAAGCUUCAAGAAUUUAAGAAUGGCAAUAGAUAUUGCGAUUUUGAGGCGUUAACUACCCAGGAACGCCAACAGAAGUUCAAUUACUACAACUGCCAGACCGCCAAAGCCGUGCUCCCGAUCCUACUCGGCAUCACAAAUAGCAGUCACGAUGAAUUUGAUGAUUUGUUGAAGGAACUAGCCGACAGUAAAUGGCUUUCCCGAGCAGGUAUCAGGGAUUCAGCCGAUGGGGACUUGAUCCAAAUAGCUACCAAUUAUUUCUUCCUAAAAACAGCCUACGAGCAUAUUCACGAAAGCGGACCUCACCAGAGCGAUGCCCACCAACUAUACGGCCAACUGAGGAUGAAUUUGAUUUCGACUGUUGCUGUUGAGUAUCAGAAAUCCGGAAAUUUGAUAGCUGCUUUCCAUGAAAACGGCGACCCCUACAAGACAAAGUCCACCGCUGCCACUUCACUUCUUGCGCUGAUCCUUUCCGAAAAAUAU